CAUGGCCGCGAGCUUUGGAUCGGAAGCAUUGCGAAUAGUUCUUCUGUGCUCGUUGUGGUACACGAUCAGUUCAACGAACAAUGUCAUCGGGAAAAAAAUACUCACGGAUUUUCCUUUCCCUGUCACCGUAGCCAUGGUUCAAGUCGUCUCAACAGCUCUUUAUUUGUCGCCAACUCUUCGCGUGUGGAGUGUGCCUCCUAUGAAAUCUUUACCGAAAUCAAGUCUUCUUAAACUGAUCUUACCACUUUCCUUUGGAAAGGCUUUUGCUGCAAUAACAGCACAUGUCAGUAUAUGGAAAGUACCUGUUUCAUAUUCUCACACGGUUAAGGCAACAAUGCCAGUCUUUACAGUUAUUCUUUCAAGACUAAUUUUAGGAGAAACACAAUCAGGAGCGGUGUACUGUUCAUUAAUUCCCAUUGUUGGUGGAGUCAUGAUUGCUACAGUGACUGAAUUGUCUUUUGACAUGGUUGGUCUUCUUAGUGCCUUGUUAGCAACCUUUACUUUUGCUAUACAGAAUAUUUUCACAAAAAAGGCACUUAGAGACUUACAACUGAAUCACUUACGUUUGUUGUUGCUAAUGGCAACUAUAGCAUCUGCCAUGUUGCUACCUGUAUGGGCGCUGUAUGAUUUGAGAAGAAUUAUACUUGAACUCGAAUCGGGAAAGGAGGACAUUUUAUGGCUGCUGGUUAUCUUAACAAUAAAUGGAUUUUUAAAUUUUGCCCAGAAUAUGGUGGCCUUUACAGUUUUAUCUCUAGUGACUCCACUAAGCUAUGCAGUGGCCUCUGCCACCAAAAGAAUUUUAGUAAUUACAGUGUCUAUAAUGUUCUUGCGAAAUCCAGUCAGCCUAUAUAAUGGAGUUGGAAUGUUAGCUGCCAUUUUUGGAGUGUUUCUAUAUAACAAGGCAAAAUACGACGCCAACCGCAGAAAACUCGAACUUCCGACGCACACGAAACAUGCGGCACAGCUAAACAAUGUCACAAAUAAUCAUAGACAUUAUCAUCUUAUAUAAGUUCUGCAAGAGACCGACUCGAUGCAUGGGUUUCUAUACAUAAGGUGACGUUAUCGUUCCUGUCGUGGAGUUGAAGCCAAGAUGCUGCGGGCAGUUCUGUUGGAUUCAACGCCUUUUGUAUCUGGCGAGAAAUAAGAGGGAAUCAGCGCGGAGGAGGUCAUUUCGUUAAGCUGUUGAAGUGAUCGUUUGCUGACUUUACUGUAUCAAAAAAAAAAUAAUAAUAAUAACCAGAAUUGUAAUAGCGUUAUUACAAGUUCAUCAUCUCCAGAAAAAAACCUUCAAACCAAACAGCGUUCUCCAAAGGAAACGAUUACGAAGUCUUUAAUAUAUGAAACUAGGUUUAAAUCUCUAGACUUUGCUUUCCUCACGACAAGAAUUCGCCCGAAGAAGGAAGGAACUACGCAUAGAAUGACAGCCCGCUGCAGCGGGAAAGUUAGACACGAGUCGGGGAGAGGUUUACCGGGAGUCUGGUACUAGACUCCUUGAAGACCUUUCGCCGAUUCGCGUUGGUAGAGCACAGCCCUCGUACUUUCAGGCAAGCGAACAGGAAACGCUCGUGCUGAAGCUCUGAUAUUAACGGCCUGUACACAGCGAACAAACGAGGCACUGUCAAAUAUAUCACAAACUGUGAAUACAGAGGACAAUUCUAUGGAAUUUGCAAUUUGGGGGCAAAGAGGCAUCAAAAUAACUUGAAUUUUCACCUUAUCGAGCCCAAAGCUCCGCUUCUAAUUGGGAUUAAUAUUAAUAAUUGUUAACUUAUUUUUAGAAUGAGAAAAUCAUGUAAAGACACAUAGGUCUAGAAUAUGAGAACAUACGUAAAUAUAUAUCGUACACAUAUGCGAAUACAUCAGGUUUUUUAAACCCAAGGGGCGCGGAGCAUCAAAUAAGUCUACAUUUCAGGCUAAUUUUAAUUGCUAACAUCAUUGAAGUUACAGUCUUAAUCUUAGACGGUCGACAAGCGAAAUAAAGUAUACAUGAAAG